CAUAUCGUUUAUAUAGCGGAAAGAAGUAUCUCUAGUACUAAAAUAUUGCUUUUAAUUGAUUUUAAACGAUAUCAGUCCUAAAAAGUUCAAAAUAAAAUUUAAAUUUGAAAAACAGUGAAACUGAAGCGAAAUUAGAAAGUAGGCUUCUAGAAAUCCCCUAAAAAGACCGUGAUCACGCAGUAUGCAAAUCUCAACAUGGCUCGAUGUUUAUAUAUAAACAAUUUGUGCACAAGAAUAGUGUUAAAGGUGUGUACAAUAACAGUAAAGAAAAAGAAGUAAAGUAAAUGAAUGAAUAGAAAAUUUUUUUAUCGAUUUAAAAGUUAUUGAGUGGUAAGAGAAAACAGAACAGAUUUCCUUACGUUAUGAAAUUCAUUAGUCAGUAACGGUGCACCGCUAUGAAAUCAAAAUGUACAUUAAGAUGACUCAACAAAAAUCAGUUCUAACUACUCAGGUAGACAUUUUCAAAAACUGCGAAUUUUCAAAAAAUUCAGAUCUACACUAUGCUUUACAGAGAAAACAUCUGACACUAGAAUCCUGAGAUUAAGUCCUUUUUUAUCCAAAAUAGAUCCUAAAUGUGUUCUUAUCUUGGAAUGUUGCAGCACUUUUUUACGAAUGCUAGUGGAAACGUUCCAAAAAAAUAAAAGUACCAACAUUUAGAUAAACGCUUGUUUAAUCUUGGUUCGUGUCCGCAUUAAAACAUUGAACAAAUAACAGAAAUAGCACAUAAUAUUAUCUUCUAAUGAAACUUAUCGCUAUUAUCAAAAUAUUUCACAAUAUUGGCCUUGGCGAGAGAAAAAGUCAGUGGCCUGGAUGUAAAUUUUUUGGUGAAAUUACAGAGAUUAUGUGAGAAAGGUAAAAACGGUUCUUAUGCUCCAAAGCUUUCUGGAGGAAACAUCUGACUGAUAAAGAGCUAUAAAAUCCAUUCUCUUAUUAGUCAAACUCAUUUACAGUGGAGAAAGACAUUAGCCACAAUUCUCCGAUUAAAUAUGCGAGUUAUUUAAGUAAAUAUAUAUUUAUUCUUCAAAAUCGCACAAAAAUCUCGCAUAUUUAAUCGGAGAAUUGUGACUAAUGUCUCUCUUCACUGUGAAUGAGCUUCACUAGUCUGAGGGUGGGUGCCCACUUCUGAAGAUCAAACCAUGCAUUAUUAUGAAGUUAGUCACUAUAAAGUACAGAAUUGUGACGUAAUGUCUUUCUCUGUUGAGUCAAAACUACGAUUAGUAUUACGCGGGCUUGCCAACUCACAGAUGACGAACUGGAACUUUACACACCUGGUGCUUUGAUCUCAUGGCUCCAGUUUAGUAGUUCGAAACGAGGCAAAGAUGUUGCUCAAGUUUUUCCAAAGUUUCGCCGGUUUCAAAGUUUCGAUGGUUACCAAAUUCUACUGAAACAGCAACAGGUGUAUGAUAAACAGUCAUUAGUUCACCAUACACAUAAUGGCGAAAUUCGACGAAGAAAUGAUCGUUAUUUUGACAUCGAAAAUUUGCAACUAAGAAGGUCUACGUUCUCCAUUGAUGGCCAUCAAAAUACGCCUCCUCUUCCGUUAGAUAUUGCUGUUCAACAACUCGAAUUACUCAUGUCUGAUAUUCAAUUGAAAGUUGAAAAAGCAAAACAAGGGUGCCGGACAUUCAAGGACGGUCUCACAGAAGAUGAAUCAGCUGCUAUUUAUUUGUAUACAAUGCAAUGGGAAUCAGGUGCUCCGAGUCUUUAUCAUUUGUUGAAUAAAAAAUUGCGAGAGGAAACGAGUAGGCAACAACUGGAACCAUGA